AUGGGUGGUAUCGAGUUCCUAACACCCGACCAUGGAUACGCAUUGAUGGUGAUUCUGUACACCAACAUAAUGCUGAUCUACUUGGUGAUGCAAGUUGGCAAAAUGAGAAAGAAGUAUGAAGUCAAAUAUCCAGAUAUGUACAGUGACAAGGAUCCUAUCUUCAACUGCUACCAGAGAGCUCACCACAAUACCCUUGAAGCCUUGCCAAUGUUCUACUCUGUGUUUGUGCCUGUAGCAUUCGUUUUCCCGAAAAUUGCCUCCAUCUUGGGUGCUGUAUGGGUGACCUCUCGAUUCUCCUAUGCAUGGGGGUAUUACACUGGAGAUCCAAAGAAACGUCUGAAUGGAAAUUACGGAGUAUUUGGCCUGUUGGGAUUACUUCUCAUGUUGGUGUAUAUCACCGUGUCCCAGUUUGGUAUUCUACCAAUAUAA